UUAAGUGAGUGGAACAGUUGGCAGCAACUAAAAUGAAGUACUUGACGUGUGGACUGCUCUUGUUGGCACUGUUGCCGUCGCUGAUCAGCGCUUAUCCCAGCACUGUGGUGGUGAACGGCGUUUGUUUGACUUGUCCCAACCCAAAUGGUGAAUCGGUGUAUAUAGAUGGCCAGGAGUAUCGCAGCUUCAACAACGGCAAUGUGGUUGUCAGUCGUCCGGGUUAUAACAAUGGACGCAAUACGAUCGUGAGGCGGGGCGGUUCGACUGUGGUUAACGGCAACUGUGAAAUAUGCAAUGUGGAUAUAUAAAAGGCUAGCUGCAAAGUUGAGACAUACACGUGAUAUGUAUCUGUUUACUAUGGAGCCUUUUUAAAAUAUAUUCACUGCUUCGCCAGA